UCCCAGUGUGCUUUGAAGAUUGCUCCAAAUAAAUACUUCCUUAUCUCUCUAUAUGGAGAAUCAGAACCUCUCUGUGCUGAAUGAGUUCAUUCUUAUGGGCAUCACAGACCGCCCUGAACUACAGACUCCUUUUUUUGUACUGUUCUUUCUCAUCUAUGUUGCCUCCAUGGUAGGAAAUUUAGGCAUGAUCAUCCUUACAAAGUUGGAUGAGAGGUUACAAACACCUAUGUACUUUUUUCUCAGACAUCUAGCAUUCAUUGAUUUUGGCUAUUCAACAGCUGUGGGACCAAAAAUGUUGGUAAACUUUGUAACAAAUAAUAAUACCAUUCCCUACAAUUGGUGUGCAUUCCAGCUAUCUUUGUUUAUCUUCUUCAUCAUUAGUGAGUUAUUUGUUCUGUCAGCUAUGGCCUAUGACCGCUAUGUGGCCAUUUGCAACCCCCUGCUCUACACUGUCAUCAUGUCACAGAAAGUCUGCUGGGUAUUGGUGACAAUUCCUUAUCUCUUCAGUGCCUUUCUUUCUUUGAUUUCUUUCAAAAUUUUUAUUUCAUCCUUCUGUGGCCAUAAUGUUAUUAGCCAUUUCUACUGUGACAGUCUCCCUUUGCUGACCUUGAUCUGUUCAGGCACACGUGACAUUGAACUUAUCAUAUUGAUCUUUUCAGCAUUUAAUUUGGUUUCAUCCCUUUCUGUAGUACUUGUGUCCUACAUCUUUAUCCUGGUGGCUGUCCUCAGGAUGAACUCUGCAGAAGGCAGACACAAGGCUUUCUCUACCUGUGGGUCUCACCUGACAGUAGUAGUUAUAUUAUAUGGGACUUUGUUUUUUAUGUAUGUACAGCCCAAAUCUAGUCACUCUUUUGAGAAUGAUAAAAUGGCCUCUGUGUUCUACACCUUGGUAAUUCCUGUGCUGAAUCCCAUUAUCUACAGCUUGAGAAAUAAAGAGGUAAAAGGUGCUCUUCUAAAGCUAUGGAAAAAUGUCUGUAAAAUUUGUAUUUAAACUUUAGUUUAAAGGGGAGAUAGCCUAGAAGCACAAAGUUUGCCUAACAUAUCUACAUGUCUUGUUGCAUUCUU